AUGAAGUUCCAAGCUCCUUUGGCAAUGCUCUCCCUGGCUGGAGUUGCCUAUGCAAAUGCGCCUCAUGCUCGCCCAGAGUACAAGCGCAUUUGUGAUACCCCCAGUUCCGGCGAAGUUGAAGUCCAGCCUGGACUUCACGCCACCUUUAGCUGUGGGAAAUACACCACGGAUGGUUCCAGGACUGGGUUGAAUGUUGCCAACCCGGAGGCUUGCAUUGGCGAGUGCGCCAGCAGCGACGGCUGCGUGGGUGCAAUCUGGACGGCCAAGACGACACUGCCAUAUCCGUGCUACCUGGUUCAACAUGGCUCUGAGCCCUCCAUCAAGACUGGGUCUGACAACAUGUGGAUCACUUAUCGGAAGGACGAGGAAGAAGCAGGGGAGGAUCCAUUUGGGGGAAGUGGAUGUGAAGCUGAUUUGGAGACGAUGGAGGCUGAGCUGAAGAAGUGCAAGGGUUUGGCGGCUCGGACUUGUACCAACGGCCUUCAAGUUCAGACUUAUUCCACUGGAUCAAAGAAAUACAAGAUCGCAUGCGGUCAUACAGUUUCUGCGGCUGUCGGAAGCGGUGCCAAUAUGAACAUAGUUAAGGAUGUAGAUUCGUUCCAGGAAUGUGCUGAUCUUUGCGCGAGCACAGCUGGAUGCGCCAGAGCAACCGUCGACACCAAGGCAGACAAAAAUACCUGUCACCUUUACCGGAAUCCUUCUUCGCAGAUUCGUGCUUCGAAUGUGGAUAGGUCCGUUAUCUAUCUCGUCUAA